AUGCAUGACAAAAAUUGGGAAGAACAGACAGAUGAACAAAGUUGUAAAAGAGCAAAAUUAACAAACCGAUAUUGCCCACUACAACAGUGUUUAAAAUCACAUACACAAAAGGAUGUAAAGGAACCUACCUACUGCAGGGACUAUGUGGGCCUACCUAUUGAAGUUCCUCAAUAUGUCAAGGUUCCUGUAUAUGCCAAAGCACCUAUAUAUGCCAAAGUUCCUGUAAAGGCCAAGGUGCCUGUAUAUGCCAAAGCACCUAUAUAUGCCAAAGCACCAAUAUAUGCCAAAGUUCCUGUAUAUACCAAGGUUCCUGUAUAUGCCAAAGCACCUAUAUAUGCCAAAGUUCCUGUAAAGGCCAAGGUGCCUGUAUAUGCCAAAGCACCUAUAUAUGCCAAAGCACCAAUAUAUGCCAAAGUUCCUGUAUAUACCAAGGUUCCUGUAUAUGCCAAAGCACAUAUAUAUGCCAAAGUUCCUGUAAAGGCCAAGGUGCCUGUAUAUGCCAAGGAGCCUGUUUAUGCCAAGGUGCCUGUAUAUGUCAAGGUGCUUGUAUUAGUCAAAGUUCCUGUUUAUGCCAAUGCACCUAUAUACGCCAAAGUUCCUGUAUUAACCAAGGUUCCUGCAUAUUCCAACAUGCCUGUAUAUGCCAAAGUUCCUGUAUAUGCCAAGGAGCCUGUUUAUGCAAAGGUGCCUGUAUAUGUCAAGGUGCUUGUAUAUGCCAAGAAUCCUGAAUAUGCCAAGGUACAUAAAUAUGCCAACAUGCCUGUAUAUGUCAAAGUUCCUGCACAUGCUAAGGUGCCUGUACAGGCCAAGGUUUCUGUAUAUGCCAAGGUUCUUGUAUAUGCCAAGCUGCUUGAAUAUACCAAGGUUCCUGUGUAUACCAAGGUACCUGUAUAUGACCAAGUUCCCAUAUAUGCUAAUUUGCCUGUUUAG